AUGUCCUCUGAACCCCCGACCAUUCUCUCAACCCCCCAAAGCCCGGAAGAAGAGAAAAAUAUCUCCAUCGCGAAAACCUACAUGGCAAUUGCCUACUCUCCCACCCGCAACUCCGGCGCCCCCUCCGUCUCCCACCUCUGCCACCCAGACGCCUACUUUUACUCCCCUUCUACUUUCCCCGGCUGCACAACCCCGAUGGACUACGCCGACUCGCACGCAUACGUCAUGGCCUCCGUUUCCGACCUGCAUAUCGUGCAGUACGACCAGGCGUGGGCAAAAGAUGGACAUGUGUUGCUGCGGUAUACGGCGGAGGGAUCCCAUUGCGGGAAGCCGUAUCGGGGGAUUGAGAGGAGCGAGCCGCCGAAGAGGGCGCGGUGGAGUGCGGCGGCGAUUUUUGAGAUUGUGGAUGGGAGGGUGAUGGGGUUUGUUAAAGAUUGGGAUCAGAAGGUUAUGCAGAUACAGUUGGGCUGGGCGCCUGUGAAUGAGAGUAGCGAUCCAAGGUGGAAUAGGGCGAUGUUGGCGGAUCCGGAGAAGGCGAGGAAAGCGAAGUUUUCUGUAUAG